AUGCAAUUGAAAACAUCCUUUUUCCUCGUCUUGCUCGGCCUUAGCCUGAUACUGGCGGCUCAGUUGAAAGUGAAAAUCAAGGUGGAUCCGAAAAUUGAAAAGCUUAAGGCAGAAACCAAGCAGCUGGCCGAAGUGCAUGCGGAUUUCUCUCCAAGCUGCUUCUCCUACUAUAGUCCGAUAUUGAGUGGCAUUACCGAUCAGUACGAAGCUGAAUACGGAGUUUGCGUGAGCAACUACGAUAAUGCAACUGCGGCUAUAAAUACGCAAUGGCAAGCCCAACGUGAGGCCAUGCAAAACAGCAUUUACAACUCCUGCAACAGUCUUCAGUCCUGCAACAAUGCUAACAGCAGUCUCACUGCCUUCGAAUGCAUCGCCAACACUAGCGCUGAAGAUUCCAAAAUAUUCUAUGGAAUUUCGUCCAAUGCAACAGAUGCUGCUGCCAAAAUCAAGGACCAGUACAAUGUGGCCGAAAGCCAACAAACUAUUUGCAUUAACAAUGCUGAAACCGUCUAUGUGACCCAAACUACCAGCACCUAUGAGGAAUUGAAUUCAUGCCUCAAGAACGGCUAUGUAUAG